GGUGGUUCGAAGUGGUCCCAUGGCGGGCUCAGCCUCCUCCAGUUCUAAAGAGCGCCCAUCCUCCAGGACCAGUUUCAUCCCAGAGCUGCAGAGCAUGAUGUUUGCUCUUGGAGACGCCCGCAGGCCUCUGUUUGAGACGGCUGCCCUGGUAGAGGACAUCGUCCACACACAGCUCAUUAAUAUGCUGCAUCAGGCCUGCGAGGGAGCAGCACUCCGCGGCUCAAGGGUAAUUUCAGCCGAGGACAUCCUGUUCCUGCUGAGGAGGGACAAGAGGAAGCUGGCACGAUUAUUAAAAUAUCUGCAGUUCAGAGAUUUUAAAUUCAAGCUGCUGAAGACUGUGGAGGAAGAGGACUUGCAGCAGGAGUCGGCUGGUUCGUCUGCAGGUGGAAACCAGCGCAGGCAGCGACUAGCUCUGGACUUCCUGGCAUGGAUGGAUCAAACCGGGGAAUUCCUUUCAUUGGCCGAGAAGCAGGAAGUGGACACGAUUAAACAGGAGAGGAUGGAGCGUCUGGAGCGACACACUCGGAACAUGGACACGGCUCAGUACACCGAGUUCUGUGAGAGUCGUCAGCUGAGCUUUGCCAAAAAAGCGUCAAAGUUUCGGGACUGGUUGGACUGCAGCAGCCUGGAGCUGAAACCUAACAGCAUGGCCACAGAGAUCCUGUCAUACCUGGCCUAUGAGACCGUUGCACAGAUCGUAGAUUUAUCUCUGUUAGUGAAGCAAGAGAUGAGUGUGAAGAUGAACGCCGUCAGCCAUGUCAUCUCUGCCAGCUACAUCCACUACAGCACACACACCGAGGUAAAGAAGGAUCCAGAUUCGCCUGAGGCCACGCCCCCAUCCACUCCAGGCUCCUCCCACUCCUCCAAGCCCCUCCUCCAGGGGAACGGCAGCGUGGACAGCCGAGCAAGACAGAGGAAACGGAAGAAGAGCUCUCCGGUCACAGUGGAGCCCCCUAGUGGAGCCAUCCAACCAUGUCACAUCAGAGAGGCCAUCAGAAGAUACAACUACAGACACACAAGUGCCUACAGGAGGAGUGGGAUGGCUUUCCUCGCCUGCUGAUGUAGCAGAUUACUGACAUUUUCAUUUGGUUCAUAUUUUAGCAAUAAAAACUGCACAAAACUACAUAAGUUGAUGGUUUUUAUUGAUGAAAAAACUUUAUUCAAA